ACACACUAUCACGCCUAAGUUGUCUUGCGUGCUUUAUGAUGUACCCAUAUGGUAGGACUGCGAACCUGAAGCUGUGAAAGCGGUAAAUGUUCGGUUGCAACUUAGACCUGCGUCUGCUGCACGCCAUGUAACUUGUUACCCUAUACCUUUGACAUAUUUAUCCUUUACAUUCAUGUUGCGGACCAGAGUAGGCGAUCAGCUUGACCUCAAGGGCGACUUUCCUCACUAAUGUCAGGAGCAAAGUCAACUUUCAUAGUAUAACCGGAAGCAUUAUGUUUAAGGAUGAUGGACUGUUUAUAAGGCUUACUAACAACUGGCAGCGCUUACCUGCGACGAAAGCAAUCCAGCUGCAUUGACAACUUGUGGAAUGGACGCAAAGCAGCACUACAAUGGGGACAAAAGAAACUCUCUGACAGAAAUGGAGGGGCUGACAAGGAAGUCCGUCAACUGGGCGCGGAGGAAACACGCUGCCACGGAUGACCUGCAAGCCGUUGGCGAUGCUGGGACGCCCCCGCUUGUGGCUCCCCAUGAGUCCAUAGCCUGCUCCAGGGCCUUCCACCGGACCACCAGCAUUACCUCGACAACCGGCGGCAUCAGCAAACCUGGCAGCAUGUACGGCGUCCGGUACGGUAGGAUGGGCUCCGGGACCUCCCAUAACGGCAGUACGGCGUUUGGGGCUGGCGGUGGCGGCAGCAUGGCUGGCGAGGCGGCUGACGGCGGCAGCGGCGGAGGAGCUCCGGGGCAAAGCGAAAGGUCACGCAGCCUGCCUGCUCGUGCCGCCGCCUCCCGCGCCACCUCCGUCGGCCCGCUCACCGUCAACGUCGGUGGCAGCUUCGCCCUGAGCUCAUCCGCCUCGCCCAACCGCCCCGCCACGUCAGACAUGUACGGCGGCGGCGCCUCGCCGCCCCCCUCCACUCCCAGCAGCCCCAGUAAAGUGGGCCUAUCGGCGCGCCAGCGUGCCAUGAUUGAUGCGUCGCAUGUGGGCACCUUCCGCUUCGCACGGAUACGACAGCCGCCGCCUGGCAGCGGCGGCGGCGGCUCCGCCGCCGCCAAUGGGACCACGUGCGACGGCGACGACAGGUCAAUGUCGCCGUCGCCGGCGGCGCCGGCGCCGGCGGCCAAUGGCCUCCGUACUGGGGCCAAUGUAAUGGUGGCGGUGUCGGGGUUUCAGUCGCCGCUAGCGCCGUACCGCAGGACAGCGCCGCCGUUGCCGGCGGCGAAUUACGGGCCUUCGGGCGCGAGCCCCGCUCCACCCAUGUUGGGCCCCCAGGCCUCCAACGCGGCAUUCGCCAGUGCGCUCCUGCAUGAGCUCAAUGCGCCGCUGAUCGACCACAAUGGCGGCGGCGGCGGUGGUGGUGGUGGUACGGCAAGUGGUGCCGACGCGUCGGCGGCGGCGUGUCGCGACGGCGGCGGCGCCGCUGUGGAGAUGAUGGAGCGGUCGGCGGCGUCGGUUGGGGGAAUAGGGGUGGGCGGCAUUGGCAGCGCCGCCACAAUGCGCACGGAGGUGCUAGCCAGUUUUGUACGGCCGGGACGCGGAGUGGUUCUGCAGCCGGGGCUUCAGCAGCUGCAGCCCACCUCCGAGCCCGACGUCAGCGAUGCCGCUGAGGCCCUGCUGCUGGGCUCCUCCGCCCCUCUGGGUCCCUCCCCCAAGGGCGGCGGCGGACCUCACAUGGGCGGCGGCGGCGGCGGGCCGCUGGGCGACCCCGCCUUCGACCCCGCCGCCGCCUCCUCCGCGCUGAUAGACGCGGAGUUGGCUCCGCUGCUGCGCGAGGUGGCGGAGAUCAACGUGAAGCCCGAGGUGCGGGCGGCGCUGGGCAGCCUGGAUGACCGAGCCAUCAAGCAGCUCUUCGCCGCCACCUCCCGGCGAGUGGAGCACCUGCCCUGCACCCCCGUCUCGCUGUCCAGCGGCGCGGGGCUGCUCAUGCCGCUGCCGGGACCCAAGGGGGUGCCGGGAUUCAGGGUGAACCACAAGGGCCAGGUGCACCCCACCGCCAUCAUCAAGGCGGGCCGCUUCUUCCGCGACGCCCAGGCGGCAGCGGCGGGCGGCAAGAGUGCGGAGGCGGCGCUGCUGCAGAGCCUGCUGGACGAGGACCCGGACUCCAUAUCUCCCAAGACCCGCGCGCUGCUGGUGGCCCACGGGCCGGCCGCCACACUUGAGCUCGUGGAGGCGGAGGAACGCGAGGCGGCGGCGGCGGCAGCGGCGGCGGCGCCGCCGUCGACGUCAAUGUACGGCACCUGUGUUGGCGGCGGCGGCGGCGGCAGCCCUUGGCGCGUUAGCUCACCUCGCGUUAGCCUGAGUCCGCGGCGGCGGAGUACGGCAGGCGGUGGAGAUCACCAUUACUACCAUGGACGAGCCGUUGGUGGUUGCGGUGGCGGCGGCGGCGGCGCUAGCCGGCCAUGCAGUCCGCCGUACUCGCACCUGGUGGGUCCGCAUGGCGGUGCUAGUGCUCAUGCUGGCCACCCCGCCGCGCCCUCACCUCAACACGGGCACGCUUUGAAGUCCCAAGCGACGACACACAAUGCGCGGCAGCAUCACGCAGAGCAUGUAAAAGAGACGGUCGCUGCUCCUGCGAAUACCCAUGGUGUUAGCGGCGGCGGCGGCGGCGGAGGGGGAGGAGGAGGAGCCGCGGGAGGGGUGCCCUGGCCUGACCCACGGUUCGCUUCUCACACCGGCAGUCAAGGCAGCGUGGGCGGCGGCGGCGGCGACGGCCAGCACUCGACGCCGCAACACUCGUCGUCUUCGCCGCAACCGCCAACAACCACCACGACGGCCGAUGGCGACGUACCGCAAGGGGCGCGACUGGUAUACGACAGCGGCGGCGGCGGCAGUGGCCGCCAAUCGCCGCGAGCGGCGGACCUGCGAGUACGAAUCGGCGCGCUAGCGGAUAGCGGCAGCGGCGCCGCCGGCGCCAGCUCGCCGGAUAGCUGCGGGGCGUUCGCUGGCGGUGCCGGCGUGGCUGCCGCCGCCGCCGCCGUCAGCACCCGCAGCGGCGGCGGCAGCGGUACGGAUCGCAGUGAGGACCCGUUGGAGGACCGGCGGCGGCGAUUGGGCCGCAUGAUGGCUGAGCUGGAUGCCGAGCAGGUGACGAGUGCUGCUGCUGCUGCCUUGCCGGCUUCUGCUCUGAACGUGAAACGUGGCGCCUAAGAUACUGAACUGGGACGCAGUGACUGUCGGCUGAUCCGGAUGACAUACGUACAGGAGCACACCUGUUCCUGUUGGGAGGGCAAGGGCAGGAGGGCUGUCUAAGCCUGCCGUCUGCUGGGGUGGGUGAGGAGGACAUUCGGCGCUACGGCACCUCCUCUCGCGCCCCCCUGCACACAGCCGCCAUGGAGGACGCUAGGCCGUCCACAGGUUCCCUGCCGGCGCAAACUACCUCCAUCUCCGGAACCGCGCCGCUGCCUCCGCCGCCGACCACCACCACGACGACGGCGUCGCUCAGCCGUCGUCCUGGUGUCGGUGGUAUCGGCGGCGAAAGCAUGACGUCUCACAGCAUCGCGGCGCUCACCGCCGCAGCUGCCGCCGCCGCCGCCACCGCCAGACCCUCAGCCCCCGGCUCCGUCACAUCCACCUCACUCUCCGGAACCGUCGGCGGUGCCGCCGCCUCCGGCGCCUUGGGCGGCGCCGUCACGUUAACGGGUGUCUGGGGCGGCGGCGGUGCCGGCGUCGGCAGCGGUAAUGGCCGCGGCGGUGGUGGUGGUGAUGGUGGUGGUGGGACCGCAUGCAGCUUGCUGGACGAUGUGGGCGAGCAGGACGAUGAGGAGGAUGCGGAGGACCGGUUGGUGGCGGACGAGGAGCUGGGACUGCUUCCCCUGGAGCAGUUCCUGGCCCAUCUGGGGACCCGCGCCACCGCCUCCGACCUGCUGUUCGGGCGGCUGGAGCACACCAUGAGGCGGCGGGCGGCGCUAGCGGAGAGGAGGGCGUGGAAGGAGGCGGAGGCUCGGAGGCUUGCAGAGGAGGAAGCCUCCCGCUACGUGGAGGUUCCGCUGGGUCCCGAGGACGAGAAUGACGAGCUGGGGGCGCCGCUGCGGGCGGGGGCGCGGGCGGCCGUGCUGCGCAUGCGGCGACACGGGGAGGCGGGCAGGGAGGCGUGGCUGGGGCAGUCCGGCCUCCAAUCCUGGCCCUCCUCUCGCACCCACCCCGACUUCAUGCACCACUCCGUGAGCCGCGCCGCCACCUCCGGCCUCCUCUCCUCCGCAGUCUCCGUCGCCACCCGCCUCUCCCAGCCUGCCAACUCCCUCCUCCUCGCGCAGCUGCAAGGCCCCUUUGGCAGCCUCUCCUACACCGCUGGGCACUUUGGAGGCGGCGGCAGCGGCUUCUCCUCCCCCAUGCCCUUCAACACCCGAAGCAGCACCACAACAGGCGGCGGGCCGGGCGGCGCGAUGACCCCUGGGUCAUCUGGCUCCACACCCUACCAUGCACGGUUUCAGAGCCAAUACCUGUCGCAGCGGGGACAAGGUUACGGCAUGUCGCCACAACAGCAGCAACAACAGCAGCUGCAGUACUACCAGCACCCCCACGGCGCCAUGCAUGCAGCGGAGGGCCCUACCUUCCAGCACCAAUACAGCCGGCUUCAAUCCGGGCAACGUGACAGCUCCUCCUACGACCACCACUCCCAUGAUCACCACCAUAACGCCAACAGCAGCCACCUCUACAGCAGCCAUUACAACGACUUGGGUGGCGGGGGAGGAGGGGGUGCGUUCUGGCAUGGCGCUGCAACGGCGGCCGUUGCGGUGGCGACGGCGGCGGCGGCAGCUGACAUCCGGGGGCAAUCCGCGGGAGGGGCGCGGGUAGGCUGGCACCGGCAGCAGCACUGGCGGCAUUCCUCGGAGAGUGAUGACGAGACGUCGGCCGCCGCGCCGUACAACUACUCCAAUGACCGGCAGCGCGAGAAGCUGGAGCCGGUGCUGGAUACGUGGAAGGCUGCAUCGGGCACGGACUCGCAGCUCGCCGCCCUGGGUGCGUUCAAGGAGGCGCUGCUGCCGCCCAGCUCCCGCCCGCAGCCGCCCGACAUGAAGCCCUUCCAGCCGCCGGAGGGGGAGCCGGUCAAGGUCACGCAGCAGCAGGUGUCCCGGCGCCUGGCCCAGGCUGCUGAGACGGGUUCCGCCACCCUGGACCUGGACUUCGGGCCGCGGCUGACUCGGGGGGACUUUGGGGUGGUGUAUGCGGCAAUCAAGUCGCUGCCCCCCACCUCGGUCCUUGGUCUACGUGCGGAGGGCGGUGUGAUGACGGCCAGCGGGGUGGAUGGGCUGGCAGCGCUGGUGAGGGCCAAGCCGGCAAUAGAGGAGUUGGAGCUACGAGGCAACAAGGCCCUGUCCGCCGGCCCCGUGUCGCGACUGGCGCCGCUGCUGCACGCGCACUACCGCUGCCGCCUGCGCCGGCUGGACCUGUGCGGAUGCCCGCUGGGGGACGCGGGCUUCACCGCGCUGGCGAUGAACCUGGCGCAGAGCAAGUCGCUGCAGGAGCUGCUGGUGUCGGGUUGCGGUCUGGGCGACGCCUCCCUGGUCGCCAUGGACAGCUGCCUGUCGCUCAACGGGGCGCUGCGGCUGCUGGACCUGUCGUACAACGGGUUCAGCGAGAAGGGCAUGGUGGUCAUGUGCAGGGACCUGGAGGACAACCACGCGCUCACGCACCUCAACCUGGCCCACUGCGCCCUGUCCGACGCCGCCGCCGCGCCCCUCACCCGCGUGCUGGCGCUGCACCCCGCCCUCACCCGCCUCGACCUCUCCUUCAACAACAUAGGCUGGCGGGGCGCUCGAGCGCUCGCAGAGGGGCUCACCCCCCGGCCGCGAC